UCGAAGCAGUCAGUCCACAGCUUCACCUGGCUUUCAACCUGACAGCCGCUGAAAAAUGAAACUCUUCGCUAUCCUCGUCCUGAUCGCAGUCUGCGUCGCCGUCGCCACGGAGGCCAAGACGACGAAGAAACCGAAGGGAACUGUUGCUCCCAAACCAACAGCCAAGCCCAAACCGACUGCCCUUCCAAAGCCCACAAAGUUACCAGUGACUCGUAAGCCAUUCACUCGCAAACCCAGGGAACUUCUUGAUGAGCCUGAGCUUCGUCACAAGGGUACUCGUCAUCCAGGUACCGGUAAACCCCAUCAUCCAUCCCAUCCACCAAGGACUGGGAAGCCUCAUCCUUCACGUAGACCAAGGGAGGUAGAGGAGCAAGAGCUUCGUCGUAAGGGUACUCGUCACCCAGGGACCGGUAAGCCCCACCAUCCAUCCCAUCGACCAAAGACUAGAAAACCCCAUCCUUCACGUAAGCCAAGGGAAGUAGAGGAAGCAGAGCUUCGUCAAAACACCCGUGCUCCAAAGACCCCCAAACCAACUAAACCGGCCAAAGUGACUAAACUACCCAAGACCCCUAAGCCAACCAAGGCCCCAAAGACCCCUAAACCUACCAAGGCCCCAAAGACACCUAAGCCAACUAAAAGCCCUUAAACGUUUUGAUCUGAGAAAACACCAGCCUUAAUCAUCGGUAAAUUCCUAUGCGAUGUUUUUGUUUGUUAAGUUUUCAAAAGCGGAAAACUUAACGUUGAAUAUCUUUAUGUUAUCGCAAAUGAAUUAGUUGGUGAUUACAUGGACAGUGUAGAACGACAUGAUUGGCGUAAUUGGCAAGUAUUAAAAAAUCGGGCAGACAUCUAAAAUUCUUAAUAGAAUUGAAAACUGUAUCGGCUUUACAAAUUCUAAAUCAAUACAAAAUGAUAGCCCUAAA